CACUAGUCCCUAGGUAUUCAGAGUGGCUUUAGACUAGGACUCUAAGUUCUAGGUUGAUCCUUCACCGAGUAGGACUCAUCCAUAAUUGCCUUGGGUGUCGGGCACAGAUGAGUGAGGACCUACCCAAGUCAUUUAUUGACUGGUAGUGGCCAGGCGAGCCCCUUGUUGACUGGCAGUGAUCAACUAAGCCAACUGCUUCUCAAAAUGCCAAGUGGCAUGAACCAACUUCUCAAAAUACCGAGUGGCAAAAGCCACCUCCUCCAAAUGUCAACUGGCAUGAGUUCCUUGGGCACUUUAAGCCUCACAAUGAGGAUGAUGAAGAGAAUGAGUAUGGUGAAAAUGCAAGACAGGGGAAGCUUAAUCGCAUGGUUGAAGGGAGGAGGGACUAUCCUUACCUUGAUAAUGUUAACCGCCAAGUAUCAUAUUAAUCUCUUAUUUGCGCCUAAAGGGAAUGAGAGAUUGUGCUCCAAGUGUGAUUUGAUUGCCAAUUUUGUUCAUGAUGGUAGACCAGGGGAAGGAUCCUACAAGGUAUUUGUACAGCAGAAAUCAGAAUAAUUAUGGAUCUUCAUGUCUCAAGUGACUCUGCCUCAGAUGGUUUCUCUCUCUGAGGCUUACAUGCAGAUAUAUGAGUAGCAACAAUAGUGAUUAUUCAAGACCUUGUAUUGAAGGAUUACUUUCCUGGUAUAGAAGACCCUAUUUUCCAGUUUGGUGGUUUAAUAGGUGAAGUUUUAAUUCGGGUGGUGCGUUUGAAUGUU